AAUAUAUUGUGUUUCAUUGGCAGACUGAAGGAAGUGCAGCAAAAUACCAAAUAUGAGGAUAUUCCUAGCGUAUACGUUGUUAGCGGUGUCAAUAUUAGCCGAACCUCCUGUGGAUAACAGAUACCUGCCACCUCAGCAGGACUUUAAUGGUGGCUUUUCACCCCCGUCGCAAAGCUAUGGCGCCCCUAGUGGCGCCCCCAGGCAAACGGAUGCCGUAUUUGGACAACGCCCAUCAUCAACGUACGGCGCUCCCAACUCCCAUUCCUCUCGACCUUCCAACCAAUAUGGACCACCACAAGGCAGACAGCCCUCCAGCCAAUACCUACCUCCUCAGGGCAGAGCUCAGCAACCCUCUAACCAGUACGGGCCUCCGUCAAAUCAAUAUGGUCCUCCAUCAAGCAGGGCUCAGCAACCUUCGAACCAAUACGGCCCUCCACAAACUAGAGGUCCCUCUAACCAAUACGCGCAAUCCAGAGCUCAACAACCAUCUAGCCAAUACGGCCCUCCUCAAUCCAGGACCCAAGCACUUUCCAAUCAAUACGGCCCUCCGCAAUCUCGAUCUCAGCAACCUUCUAGCCAAUACGGAGCUCCCAACCAAGACAACCAAUUCCGCUCUCAACCGUCAAGCCAGUACGGUGCUCCUGCUCAAGCCAGACAGUCAAACCAAUACUCUGGUCAGGGCAGAUCUCCUUCCAACCAGUAUUUGCCUCCUAACCAGAAUGCCAGGCAACCAUCGACUGAAUAUGGAGCACCAGGAUUUGCAACACCUUCUCAGGAGUAUGGAGCACCUAAUGGUGGUCAGCAGUUUGGUCAGGGUGGUAACUUCGGAGACGGCCAGAGCAGGCAGUACCUUCCUCCCGAUGCUAGAGGAGGAUAUGGUGGUGAUGACGAUGGCAGUAAUGGGGAGCCAGCAAACUACAGCUUCGAGUACAUGGUGAAAGAUGACGAGUCUGGCAACGAUUUUGGGCACCGCGAGUCGAGGAUGGGCGACCGUGCUGAGGGACUCUACUACGUGUUACUUCCUGAUGGCAGGAAACAGACUGUUGAAUACGAAGCAGACCAGGAUGGUUACAAGCCAAGAAUCUCGUAUGAAGACACCGGCGCUGGUGCUGGCUAUGACUCCAACGCGCAGACUUUCGGACAAGAUGGCGGCUACAAUCAAAAUGGCGGAUACUAA